AUGUUAUGGGUUACGUGGACGAUUCCGCCGCUGGUCUCUUCGCUGGUCCUCUGCUUUGCCGUGCUCGUCAUCUGGGCUGCUGAUCCUAAGGUCACCCACCUCAACCUGCUGUCUGUCCUCGUGCUCGUGCUCCUCGGCCUCUCCUUGGCUCCCGACCGCGCUUCCGACGUCUUCAAUGCCCUCUACCGACUGUCCAUCACCCUCAUCGACGAUUGGCGCCUCGACGGCCUCACUCUGACACAUGCGAAUAUGCUCGUUAGCGGUGCAGCCGUGGUCUGGCUGGCGCGUCGAGCCCUUCAAACGCUAUGGAAGCCGGUGCCCGAGCUGAUUGACAUCCUGGGCGUCGAAGUGCCGGUUCCACCUGAUGUCUCUCUAACGGCGAUUGGCUCUGACAAAGCAACCAUUACCUGGACACACCCUCCUCCUAACCGGCCGGUGGAGAAGUAUGUUAUCCAGGUCAACGGCGUCAAUGUCGGAGAAUCAACGACGAGUCGUGAUAACCUCAUUACCGUGUCUGGGCUCAAGGCAAACCACUUCUACAACGUGCGCAUCAUCGCCGUCGGCUCCAACAACUUCCAGGCCGGCAGUCGGGUUCUGCGGCUUCGCACUUUUGCCUCGAACGGCCAGCCUCGACUCGGCACUGCGCGCUUGCCGACCGACUUCUCUGACAAUGAUACGCCGUCGCGGCAGUCGGAUGCCGCAGGGGGCGACGAAAACGGGUCGGCAAAGCAGUUUGUGACGUCCACAUUUGGCAUUGCCCAGCCUCUCCCACAGGACACAGCACAAGGCCUCACACGGGACGGAAAUCUGUCGGCGGGGAUCAAUCACUCUUCCCGGCGCAAUACGGUCAACAGGAGGCAUUCACCAUCGACGGCCAGCCUGGACCAACAGUCGGCCAUGUCUGUGGCAGGACCAGGAAGCAACGAGGAGACGAAGCUGACGGAGGCCCAAAUGGCCGAGCUAAACCAGAAGUAUCUGAAUCUUCGCAAAGAGACGGAGGAGAUAACAGCUUUGAUGGCGAAGGAGGAGGAGGACUCGAAAAAGCUCAUGUCCGAAUAUGAGGCCCAGAAACGAGCGAAACGAAAGGAGCAUAAGCGAAAAGAAGAGCAGACCGAAAAGCUCAAGCGGGAACAGGGUUCGACCGAGCGUGCCAUGCGAGCAGCUCUCCAGCGGCGCGCGCAAAAAGAAAAGAAGCUCAAAGAGAAGGUUGCCGAGCUACAGCGGCUUCGCGAUAACAUUGCAAAGUGGGACAAGGGCAUCCAGGAAAUGCGGCGGGAUCAGGCCAAAUACAACGAGCAGCGGGCCGAGCUGGAGGAGGAACAGCAGAAGAAGACGACGGAGCUGCGGGAGAGCACUGCCGAGGCGCAGGCCGAGUGUUCGCGCCUGGAGGCCGAGCUGAAGGAGAAGCGGCAGCGAGUCAAGGAGCUGGAGGACGACAGGGACAACCAGACCAACAACGGAGACGGCGUGGCGUGGCGUGCAAGCCUCUCCGAGCUGCACAAGGAAUGGCAGCGCAGCGAGCUGGAGUAUAGAAAUAGGCUCCUGCACGAAACCAGGCGCCAGCAGGGGCUCGACGGCCAUAUCAGCAUCCUCUCGGCGCAGAUGCAGCAGAUCCCUCACAACUACGUCGGGCCGUAUAGCCCCUUUAACCCGGCAGGGCCUGCUGCUACCCUGGGGGCUUCCACGAAUGUGCCGCCCGGCUUCGACUUUGACAGCAUGUCUCAGGCCCAGCUAAAGCACCGCAGCCGUGCGAGCAACUCGAUCUCGAGUGUUGCCAUCUCGUCUCCGCCACAGGCAUACACCUUGGCCGAUCUGAACGGGCCGAUCACAUCGACAGCAUCGCCGUACAUCAGUGCCUCGCGACCCUCCACACAGUCCGGAUUUCUGACGGGUCCGUACAUGGGCCUGGCCACGGAGCACCAUCUGAUGAUGGACGAAAGCGGGUUCAGGGCCUUGACAGCCGGCGCACCGUUGAGUCCGUCUGCCACAUCUCUUUUGCCGUCCAAUAUCUUUGCCGACGACGAUGCCUCAGACCCGGCAGACCUAGUCCACCGGAUGGGUCCCUUUGUGCCGGUGCACACGGAGUCCCCAGACCCGCUUGGAAGUCAUGAUGGCAGCGGCAACAACAACGGCAGCGACCUGGCCAACGGCAACAGCAGCAGCAACGGCAGCAGCAACGACAACGUGAUUUCGACAAACACCAACGAUCCUCAGUCACCAGCGUCAUCGAGCCGAUCCAUGAGCAUUCUGUCCAGCCCCCGAGACUCGUCCCAGCAUCUCCCGUUCUCCGUCUACGGUGUCGAUUCUACUGACGGACGGCCGCCUCAGUCGGGGAGGCUUCCGUCACCUACGAUGCCAGCGGUGCACGGCCAAGCUCCGGCCCACCCAAGAUUCGGCAUAUUCACGUUCCCUCGCUCGCGUGGUGCCAGAGCCCUGGACGGCGAUGGCCCGGCUCUCGGGUCUCUUAAGCACGGACAGAGCCAGUCGUUCCCUAGGCAGGGCGAGGAUGCCGAGCUCGGAAACAAGAGCCGGCGCAUCAGCCUGUCAUCUUGGAGCGUCUUCAACCGCAACUCGGCCGGGCCGGAGAUCAUGGACAGUCAGUUCUCAGCGGGCGCGGGCAUGAUCAAGCCCGGCUUUUCGGCCCGGAGUCUCUUUCCGUUUGCAUCUCGCACAAACAGCAGCAUCUUUGCAGAUCGAGACGCAAGCAGCCCACGGCCUGCUUCGGUGGCGUCAACGGACAUGCCACGUCCCUCGACAGACAGCGGCUCGAUCUGGGGCCCGCCAGGACUGGAGGGUGGAGGUGGCAGUCUCAGCAAGUCGUCCCGGCUGUGGCCCAGCGAGACGGCAUGGCCCAGCAGGAACCCGUCACGACGGCCGUCGAUUCACGGCUCGCCCUCGGCGCUCAAGACCAAUCUAGCCUCGGCCGAAGACGAGAUCCUGGACGAGGAAGAGCUGCUCAAUCCGGAGACGUCCCCGAGCCAGGUUGGCGUGAUUGGAAGUCGGCCGCCGGCAGCGGACAAGAAGGCGUCUUCGCUGGGAAAGGCUCUCAACCCGGCCGCGCCGACAUUCAUGGCCAGCAUCUUCCGAACGAAGAGCGAACGGGGCAAGGACAAAGUCAAGGACAAGACUAGAAGCCGCGACAAGGACAGGGAUCGAGACGAGACGGCGGCACCGGAGACGCCGAGCCUGGCGAUCGAGGAAACGCAGCCGAGCAAACGGCUCUCACGCGACGGCCACUCGCUGCGGACACAGACGUCGGUGUCGGAGUCGCGGGAGUCGCUCGACUACACGAUCUCGAACACGGCGUCGGAGCCGAACAGCGUGGCGGUGCUGUCGUCGUCCAAGGACAGCAGCGAGCACACGCUGCUCAAGUUGUUCAAGAAGGAGAGCACGAGCAAGCUGAGCUUCUCGCGGCGGAUGCGACCGUCCAAGGGUCCUGGUAGCAUGACCAACUCGGAGAAGAACACGUCGGCGAGCCGGUCGAGCUUUGGCGACUUUGAGGACGUCAACGACGAGCUGGACCGAGCCGGGUCUGUGUCCGGUCGCGGCGGCAGCGUGCUGGGACCCGAGAGCGUGACGGGCGGCAGUCCCUGUCCGUCGCUGGGGCCGACCAAGUCGCGCGAGAAGGCCGAGAGCAAGCUGAAGACGUCCGGGUCGUGGUUCUCGAUUAAGAAGAAGAAUCGGGAAAAGGAGAGUCUUGAGAUGGACCGCGAUCGCCUGAUGGAGACGGAGUCUGUGUCUUCUUUUGCGCCGACCGAGGACGGCGAGAAGAGGGCAGUGUGA